AUGGCGGCACCGUCGGAGGGGCCAAAGGUGCUGAAGGCAUACAAGGAGGCGCUCGCCACCGCAGCCUCGGUGAGCGCGUACGCCAUGCUUGCGCGCGGCAUGGCGCGGGAGUUCCUCCCCGACGAGCUGUGUGCAGCGGUGCGCUGGGGAGCGUCCUUGGUGUGCUCCCGCCUGGGAGCCCGCGAGAAGGCCCGCCACACCAUCAUCAUCCGCCGCGUCGAGAACAACCACUUAUUCGACGCGGCACGCACGUACCUGGCCGACAAGAUCAGUCCGCGUACCAUGCCCCGGCUGCGCCUCUCGCACUCCCGCGUCACUGAUGAGUCGGACGGGAGCAGCAGCUGGUGCACGCUCCUGAGCAUGGAGGAUGGCGGCUCCACCACCGACAACUUCGACGGCGCCGAGUUCCGCUGGCUGUACGUGGAAUCCGGUGGCGACGACAACGAUAACAGGGGCCGGGGCGGCAGCGAGUCCUUGGAGCUGAGCUUCGAGGCGGAGCACGCGGAUACCGUGCUCGAGAGGUACGUUCCCUUCGUCGUGUCGGCGGCGGAGGAGCUGUGGCGCCAGGACCGCGCGCUCAAGAUCUUUCUCAACGACGGGAGCAUGUGGCAGGGGAUCAACCACCACCACCCGGCCUCCUUCGACACGCUCGCCAUGGACCCGGCACUCAAGCGGGCCGUCCGCGACGACCUCGACCGCUUCCUCAAGAGGAGAGACUACUACCAGCGGAUCGGCAAGGCGUGGAAGCGCGGCUACCUGCUCUACGGCCCCCCGGGCACCGGCAAGUCCAGCCUCGUCGCCGCCAUGGCCAACUAUCUCCGUUUCAACAUCUACGACCUCGAUCUCGCCGGAUUGUACGACAACACCUGCCUGCAGAGGCUUCUCGUCGACAUGUCUAACCAGUCCAUCCUCGUCAUCGAGGAUAUUGACUGCAGCUUCGACACCAUGUCCAGGGAACGUAGCAAGGUAUCGGAAUCGGCCGACGCUGAGGACGACGACGACGACCGAGACCACCGCACCCGCGAGGAGCCCAAAAUUACACUUUCGGGGCUGCUCAACUUCAUCGACGGCCUGUGGUCAACCAGCGGCGAGGAGCGCAUCAUCAUCUUCACCACCAACUACAAGGACCGCCUCGACCCGGCGCUGCUGCGACCGGGACGCAUGGAUAUGCACGUCUACAUGGGCUACUGCUGCUGGGAGGCGUUCAGAACGCUGGCCCAGAACUAUCACCUCCUCGAGGAUCACCCUCUGUUCCCGGAGAUACAGGAGCUGCUUGCGGCGGUGGAGGUGACACCGGCCGAGGUGUCCGAGAUGCUGCUGAGGAGUGAGGACGCUGAUGUUGCGAUGCGGGUGCUUACGGAGUUCCUGCAAGAAAGGAGCGGGGCAACAAAAGAGUCAAAGCACAAGCCCGACGAGGCACAGUAGAGCUGAGAUGGCUAUGUUGUAAGCUUAAUUUUACUCCUUUAUUUACUAGCGGACAGGCGCGACUCGCCUGUACCUCGU